UGAUCAUGUAGAUUGCGUAUUAUCAUAGCUGGAACGGUGCGCUUUCCUCAUCUGGAAGACGAGGUGAUGGAUUUGAUUCCAAGAGGUGGAAGGGCCUGUAUAUAAGUGGCAUGGUUUGUUUCCAUGUAAAUCACCACGGAGGAUCUCCAAAUAGCACCAAUUAACUAGCCUAGGAUGACCAGUGGCGUCUCAAAUGGGUAUAUCCUGCCACAGGCCGUCGGUUACGGGUACAUCGUCGGUCUUGGUGCGGCCUUUGCGCUCAUGAUGUGUGGCAUCACGUACAUCUUGUCAAAGUAUAUGAAUCAACACCAGAAUUCUGAGCACUUCACAACAGCCUCCAGAACAGUGAGAUCAGGUCUGAUCUCCUCAGCCGUCGUUUCCUCGUGGAUCUGGCCAGCGUCGCUGCUGACAUCGGGCCUGUGGGGCUAUACCUACGGAAUCAGUGGUGGCUAUCUAUACGCCGUCAUGGGCACUAUCCAGAUCUUCACCUUUGCCCUGCUGGCCAUUGAAAUCAAGAGAAUUGCGCCUGCUUGUCACACCAUCGCAGAGAUCAUCAAGGCUCGCUAUGACAAGCACUCGCACUGGAUGUAUCUGUUCUACAUCACGGCUACAAACAUCAUGGUUGCCUCUUGUCUGCUACUGGGUGCUUCCCAAGGCUUCAACGCCUCCACGGGGAUUAAUAUCAUCGCAGCCAACUUUCUCUUGCCAUUGGGGGUCUGUGUGUACACGGCCACCGGUGGACUGAAGGCCACCUUCAUCUCAGACUGGAUCCACACUGUUAUCAUCUACCUCGUUGUGCUGGCCCUCUGUUUCAAAGUGUUUUGUACGUCUGAUAUCAUUGGCUCGCCAGGCAAGAUGUGGGACAUGCUACAGGAAGCUGAGGCCCAGUUCCAGUUCUCCACCGACUACCUCAGCUUCAAAAACAAGGAGAUGUUCAUGAUCACGUGGGCUGUUCUUAUUGGUGGCCUGAGCUCGGUGUUUGGUGACCCUUCCUAUGGCCAAAAGGCCAUUGCUGCUUCUCCAAAAGGUGUUCUCAGUGGCUAUAUCCUCGGUGGAUUGUGCUGGCUUACCAUUCCAUGGGCUUUGGGCACUGCGGGAGGUUUAGCAGCAAGAGCUCUUCUCGUGUAUCCAGGCUUCCAAACAUAUCCAAACCCUUUGACUGCUCAUGAGGCCAAUGCUGGCUUGCCGGUGAUUUAUACCUUUGGUGCCAUUAUGGGCCAGAGUGGUGCCAAAGCUGCUGUUCUUACUUUGUUCAUGAGUGUUACAAGUGCGAUGUCUGCGGAGCUCAUUGCCUUCUCUUCAGUGGCCACGUUCGACGUCUACAGAGGCUACAUCAACAGACAGGCCACUGGUAAACAGCUUGUUCGUUUCUCUCAUUUGUCAACCAUUGUGUUCUCUGUCGUGGUUGCGUGUGUCUCCAUCAUCUUCAACUACGUCGGUGUGUCUGUUGGAUGGCUUAUCUCCUUCUAUGGAAUCAUCCUUGUUCCAGCAGCAGCUGUCAUCACGUAUACGCUCUACUGGAGCAAGACUUCCAACUUUGCUGUCACCUAUGGCCCACCGUUGUCCACGCUAAUGGGGGUCGCUUGUUGGCUCGGUGCUGCAGCAGCCUAUGGUGAUAACGUUGUUGAUAAAAACACAUUGAUGACGGCAGAGGCCUCCAUCGUUGGCAACUUUGCUACUUUUGGGGGUGCAUUCCUCAUGAUUCCAGUGCUUUCAUACUUGAAACCGGACUCCAAGCCAUUCGACUUUGCUGUUUAUCGUAAUGCCUUCACAGCAGGAGACGAUGCCGAUGCUCUUGAGGUCAAGGCCAUGAUCAACACCGAGGAGGAGGAACAGACACUGAGGAAGGCUGCGAAGAUCGCCAUUGUCUUGAAUAUCAUCCUCAUUGGUGGUGGCUAUCUGAUUGUUCCAUUAGCACUGUACGGGUCCGAUUAUUCCUUCUCAAAGGGCUACUUUACAUCAUGGGUUAUCAUCAUGAUGAUAUGCCUAUUCUUAUCGUCUAUAUACAUCAUUCUGUUCCCAAUAUGGCAAGGAAGAAAGGACAUCAAGAACCUAUGUCUUGCUAUUCUUAAGAAGAAACCACAGGUGGAAUGUGGUGAUAUCAUUGAUGCUGAGAGCUCUGAUGCUGAGAUGGUCCUGGAGAUCAACCAGGAGAAAGAGUAGUCUAAUGGCUCGAGUUGAAGAGUACAUUUUAUAGUGUAUGCUAAUACAUAACUUAUCUAAUAGUCAUUAUUUUGGACAUCUGCUUGCCUUGUGCGAUGGCACUGGAUUGCUCUCUCUUUUUGUUCUGGUUGAACACUUUGUAGAACUUCAAGUUCUCAUCACCUCCUACUGUAGCAAUUGUUGAGCCAUCUGGGGACAAUUGGGCACUGAUGAUUCUUGAGUCAUGAGCAUUUUCAAUCUCAGCCACUUUGAUCCUAUGGUCGAACGAAUAGACGCUGAUGCUGUUGUUUGGGUAGCCACCAGUGGAUACUAUUUCACGCCCAAAAGAGUUGGAGGAGCCCCAGAACAACGAGGAGAUCUGUG